GGAAGCAAUCCGAAACCUACGGCGCUCUCUACCGGAUUGACAUUCACGAAACGCCGGAGCUCCCAUUCCUUUAGAGGUGUCCAGCCGAGGCAAGUGCGGCCUUGAUUCCUUUCAUAGCUAGAACCGCGCUCCGUGAUUACCGCUGUUUAAAGCCUCCUCCUGUAUGCAUCCUAGCCUGUCGAGGCGAUGCGAGAAAUGGCGAAGGGAAUAUCAAACGCCCUAGAUCCGCAAUGUUCAAAUUACAUGUCUCGUCUGCUGAUGUCUUUUGUCUUUGUACAUAUAUAACCCUAAUAGGAGAGACUCGCCGCGUAUUUCAUCGCUCCAUUCUCGAGCCUCCAUCUAUUAAGUAGCGAAUAAAAGUAUACCAGGUGUGCUAUCCAAGCCAGGGAUACUUCCUAUUAAAUACUCAACUUACAAAUCUGCCUUGCUCGACCUUGUCUUACACUUAACCACGAUACUUAAAAAUCAUUUUGGCAGGCGUAGUCACCAUGUCAUUCAAGAAACAUUCUCGCCAGUAUGAUUUAGUGGUAUUCGGUGCAACUGGCUAUACUGGAUCAUUGUGCGCAGAACAUAUCACAACUCACUUCCCAACGGAUUUGAGGUGGGCAGUUGCUGGUCGGUCCGCAGAAAAGCUGCAAGAUGUCGUCAGGAAAUGCAAAGCUCUCAACCCAGAUCGUCAAUCACCCGGGAUCGAGAUAUGUAACCUCAACGACACCGACCUUGCAGCCUUAGCCAAGAAAACCUACGCACUUAUCACAACCGUAGGGCCGUAUGCAAAGUACGGAGAAUAUGCCUUCAGAGCUUGUGCAGAAUCUGGAACUCACUACUUUGAUGCGACGGGUGAGUGUGUUUGGCAUCAGACCAUGAUAAGGAAAUAUGAAGCAUCUGCAAAGGCUACAGGCGCUUGCUUAUUUCCACAAACCGCCAUCGAAUCAGCACUAUCAGACCUUGUAACUUUCUCGAUGGUAUCAGUAGCCCGCUCCGAACUAUCAGCCCCCGUUAAAGACGUUGUUGUCUCGGUGCAUGAGUUGCACGGCACGCCAUCGGGGGGCACUCUUCAUACAGUCUUAGGUCUCUUCGACGUCUUCCACUGGAAGGAAAUCGUCGGUUCUCAUAAGCCAUAUGCUCUGUCUCCCGUUGCGAACUCAAAACUAGCGCCUAAGCCCUCGUUUCUAUCAAGGUUGACAGGCUUGAAUUCUAUACCUGAUCUUGGCCUGGUGGCGACGUCCGUGACUGCGGGGACAAACACGGCGGUUGUGCAACGUAGUUGGGGCCUGUUCAAACAGGAGUCAUCGUUGCAGAAGUAUUUCUACGGGCCAAACUUCACAUACCGGGAGUACAUGAGACCUCGAAACUAUUUGGGAGGCAUUGUAAUGCAUUAUGGUCUUAUGGUCAGCGGUCUGGCGCUUAUGUUCUGCCCACCGUUUCGGAAGGUAAUGCGCAAGUUUAUUCCCCAACCUGGCGAAGGGCCGUCAAAGCAAGACCGAGAAAAAGAGUAUAUCCAGCUCCGGGGAGUAGCAACGCUAGACACUGCACCAGAGAUUCGCAAGAAAGUCUGGUGCAAGGCUGAGCAUAGCGGAGGAAUGUAUUAUCUAACUGCAGUUCUUCUAAGCCAAGCUGCGUUGACGAUGUUACAAGACGACGUUGACCUUAAAGGGGGUAUUUAUACUCCUGCUUGUCUCGGCCCUGGAUAUAUUGACCGUUUGGACGACGCCGGCUUCAAAAUCGAGACGAAGAUCAUUGGUGCAUGAGUUUAUUUUCUCUAAUUACCUGGGUACCAUCUGGAAAUAUGCGAGUGGCGGAUCGAUGCACGAAUUAUGAUGUUCUAAUAACGAGCCAAUCCACCUGCAAAGACUGAAGAGAGUUGAAGGGAGUCAAGAUACAGUUAUCAUAUAAUUCAGAGUUGAUAUAGGUGGGAAGGAAGUCACCUCCCCCAAACCUUCGGCAUUUAAGGUUGGCUGUUGGCAGGUUGGGUAACAUAAUGAGUGAAGAGGAUAGGGCGACUCACGCCAUAAUAUGUGUAGGUAUAGGUGUUUUUAUGUAUCUAUCAAGCAUUUUACAUAUGGUAAUGUACGCAUGAGUACUCAAAGCAGAAUCCCCGCAACUUUGCAGGGAUUAUGGGUGACAAGCCGGCGCUAGCUUCGUUUUUAUCUUAAUUUUUUUUCUUCCCUUUCAUUGAGCGUGGGCCAAUUCUUGAACGUCAUAAGGCCAAGCUACCAGGAAAUAUGCAGGUAGCACCUAGACUACUAGCUCCAGGAAG